AUGUCUGCGUCCGCGGGGCGCCAGGGCAAGGAAACGCAGCCGGAGGAGGCUCCGCCCGAGCCGCCGCCAGAGAAGCCGCCCCCGCCAGAGUUUAUGAGCGGUGCGGGCUCAGGCUGCACUGUCUACGAGAAGCUGUUGGCCUACGAUUUCCGGCGGAUGGUCCUGGAGAGCCCCCCCUGGGCUCCAGCAGAGGGCCACCCCGAGACCGAGGAGGACCCGAACCAGGCUGGCGCCGCCAGGGAACUGCCGACCCUCUCGGACGGCACAGAGGCGUUGGUGGUGCUCGAGUUUAGGGCGCCCUGGAUCGAGGAGCAGCUGGCCACCGCGCGCGAGACCGUCUUCGCGCAGCUGGGGAUGUGCCGGAAGCACCUCGACCGGGUAGACACCCCGGCUUUGUGCAAGGCGGUCCGACAGGAGUUGGACCAGCGCUUGCGACGGCACACCAACCGGAAGGGCGAGGUUCAGGUGGAGUGGUACAUGCCGCGCUACAACACCAUCUCGAAGCACAAGGACAAGUUCGAGAGGCACCUGAUCGACGCUGCCAAGCGGAACCAGGCCCACGAUGAUCGAGCAAAGGCUUUGUCCGAAGAGUUCGAGGCCGCGGAGGCCACCUACCGCGAGGCCAUCGCUGGACUGAAGGCCAAGGUGCCAGAGGAGACGGCCAUGGCGUUCCUGACCAAGUGCGACCGGCAGGCGCGAGAGCAGGCGGAAUUGUUCUUGGAGAAGGGACGCAAG